AUUUUAUUAACUAAAUUAACUCCAAACACUUUACUCUUUAAAAAUGUCUACUGCUAAAGAAAUGAAAACUGUCACUGCCUCUACGAUCGAGAAGUACCAUCCUUUUGAUCAACUUUCCGGUGAUGAAAUCAUUGAAGUUGCUACCAUUACCCGCCAAUCUAAGCCCGAUGUUGAUUUCGUUUUCAACACCAUCACUCUUAAGGAACCCAAGAAGGAUUUAAUGCUUUCUUAUCUCGGAUGGGAUACAUCCAGACCUCGUGUGACCAAGAUUGAGCGUGAAGCUCUUGUGGUUGCUUUGGAAAAGAAGACCAUGAAGUGUUAUGAAGGUAUUGUUUCAUUGACUUCUCGUACUCUCAAGACAUGGAAGUACAUUCCCGAUGUCCAACCUAUUUUGACUAUGGAUGAAAUGUUUGACGUUGAACAACUUGUGAUGAAGGAUGAAAAGGUGCGUCGUGAGUGUCUUGAACUUGGUAUUACCGAUAUGUCUCAAGUAUUUUCUGAUCCUUGGGCUAUCGCUCGUCAUGUUGCUCAUCCCGGCCGUGAGAAGCGUAUGAUGCAAGCUCUCAUGUACAUGCGUACUUGUGAGGAUGACAAUCAAUAUGCUCAUCCUUUGGAUUUCGUUCCUAUUGUCGAUCUUGGUCGUAUGGAAGUGAUUUCAAUCGAACGUAUUGCACCCAGAGAUUCCAAGUUUACUCGUCCUACAAUUCCCCAAGAAAACCAUAACUUUUUGCCUGAAUUCAUCGGAGAAGAAAAUUACCGUAAGGAUCUUAAGCCUAUUCUUAUCCAACAACCUCAAGGUGUCUCUUUCACCGUCAAGGGUAGUGAAAUUGACUGGCAAAAGUGGAACAUGCGCAUUUCUAUGAACUAUCGUGAAGGUCUUGUCAUUCAUAAUGUCAGCUACCAAGAUGGUGCCGAGAAGCGUCCUCUUUUCUACCGUAUCUCUCUUUCCGAAAUGGUUGUCCCUUAUGCUGACCCUUCUGCUCCUCAUUACCGUAAGCAUGCUUUUGAUGUCGGAGAGUAUGGUUUAGGUCUUUGUACCAACAGUUUGUCUUUGGGAUGUGAUUGUCUUGGUUCUAUCUACUAUUUUGAUGCUAACUUCAAUGAUCAUGAGGGUAAGCCUUUCCACGUUCCUAGUGCUAUUUGCUUGCACGAAGAAGAUUAUGGUAUUUUGAUGAAGCAUACCGAUUACCGUAACGGUCGUGCUCAUACCAUCAGAUCAAGAAGAUUGGUAGUUUCUCAAAUUGUUACUGUUGCCAACUACGAUUAUGGUCUUUACUACUACUUUUACCAAGAUGGUACAUUUGAGUAUGAGGUAAAGGCUACUGGUGAGCUUAACACUCAUGUUUUGGCUGAAGAUGAAACCACUGGUGGCUUCGGUACAAUUGUUGCACCUCAAAUCAACGCACAAUAUCAUCAACAUUUCUUCACCAUGCGUAUCGAUCCCAUGAUUGAUGGUCAACAAAACUCUAUUCAACAGGUUGAUACCUACUCUUUGGACUACCCUACUGGUCACCCCAAGAACCUUACUGGUAACGGUUUCACUAGUAAAUAUACCAUUCUCAAAGAUACCAAGGAAGGUCAAGCCACUGCCAAUUAUGAUACUUCCAGAUUCUGGAAGAUCGUUAACCAAGACAAGAUUCAUCCUUAUGCCAAAACUCCUAUGGGUUGGAAGAUUUCUUCUGGUCACACUGCUCCUUUAUAUGCUAAGCAUGAUUCACUUGUUGCUGAACGUGCAGGAUUUGCCAAGAAGACAUUGUGGGUCACACCUUAUAACGAAGACCAAAUGUUUGCUGGUGGAUUCUACUGUAACCAAUCUGCUGGCGAUGACACUGUUGAAAGAUGGGCAAAUGAUAAGGUGCAAGAUAUUGAACAAAAGGAUAUCGUCUUGUGGUACACCUUUGGUAUUACUCAUUUACCCAGAGUGGAAGAUUUCCCCAUCAUGCCUGUUGAAUAUUGUGGUUUCACUAUGAAGCCUUGCAACUUCUUUAUGCGUAACCCUGCCUUGGAUGUCCCCCCUACCAACAAAAAAAUCAACCAUUCCGUUCUUGCUAGUGCUGAAAAGAAGGACAACUGUUGUUCAAACAAGCUUUAAAAUACUUUUUUUUUGCUGAGCAAAAAAAAACCAAAUCCACUGUACAAUAUACACACACAAUUAUCCCAUUUACAUUUUAUAUAACAAUAAAAUAAUUCUUACUGUUUAAAGAAAAA